AUGGAUUUUUCGGGAAUGAAGAGGACUUGGUGGGGUAUUGUAGUGGUGGGUGGCCGCAGAGGAGUGUCGGAACGUGUCGCGCUUAGCGUGGUGCACGCCAGUAAGUGGGACGCUGCAGCGAGCGUUUCUAGGGUCUUUAGUGGCUAG